AUCUUUCUUGUCUCUCAAGCUUCAUCUUCCUGAGCAACUGCGCAUGAUGCAGUUUUCUUCAUUUCAAACCUUAAUAUUCUUACUAGCUCUUUUGUGUGGUGCUCUUACUCAAGCAAGUUGCUUGAGUUUCAGCUAUCCAGAAUUUAAAAACGAAAAUGAAACAGAUUUUCUUUGGUCAGAAAAAGAUUUCAGGAUUAUUAAUGAUGCGAUCCAAGUCACAAUUGAUGUUUCUGGCGGUCCAAUCAGCAACCAAUCUGGAAGGGUUUUAUAUAAGAAGAAAUUCAGGCUGUGGGGAGAUGGUGGUCGGAAGAAAGCUUCAUUUAACUCUACGUUCAACAUCAACAUCAGCAACAGAACAGAUCCAGGAGCUGAAGGUCUGGCCUUCAUCUUAACUGCCAACGAGACUCUUCCUGAGAAUAGCAAUGGACAAUGGCUUGGAAUUGUAAAUGCAAGUUCCAACGGAUCUAUCCAAGCCAGAAUUGUGGCGGUAGAAUUUGACACAAGUAAAAGCUACGAGCAAGAUCUUGAUGACAACCAUGUAGGUGUGGAUGUAAAUAGCAUUUACUCUCUCAAACAAGAGAGUUUGACAAGAUACGGGAUCAGACUUUCAAGCGGUACAAACUACACAGUGACGGUUCAGUAUGACAGCCAGAAUCUCACCAUCUUUAUUUCCCACCCCACGGACACUGGGGAUCAAAUGAAUGAUCAAGUGCUGUCGCUUCCUCUUAAUCUCACAGAGUAUCUUCCGGAGAAGGUUUAUGUGGGAUUCUCAGCUUCCACGGGCAACAACACCCAGCUAAAUUGCAUAACGUCAUGGAACUUCACCUCUUCACGUAUAGAGGAAAAUCCAAACCUACUGUGGGUUUGGAUUGCAACUCCAGCAGCCGUUGUAUUCGCCUUCCUAGCAGGGGUUGCUUCUUACAUCUACUGGAGAAGACAUCAUGGAAAGGAAUUACUGGAAGAUGCAUAUCCCUGGUUAGAAGAUGAGAUUCAAAGCACUGCCAUGGCUCCAAAAAAGUUCGAACUGAAAGAGCUUCAAAGAGCUACAAGCAGGUUCAAUCCCAAGAACAAGCUUGGAAAAGGUGGCUUUGGAACAGUGUAUAAGGGAUGCUUAGGAAAUAAGGAAAUAGCAGUCAAGAGAAUCUCAAAGAACUCACGUCAAGGAAUGCAAGAAUUCAUAGCAGAAGUCACCACAAUAGGCAGCCUUCGUCACAAAAAUUUGGUUAAAUUGAUUGGAUGGUGCUAUGAACGCCAGGAGCUUCUUAUUGUAUACGAGUUGAUGCCAAAUGGAAGCCUCGACAGAUUCCUAUUUGGUGAAAACAUGUUAGGCAAAGAGAUGGAGGAACCACCACUGAGCUGGGAGAGAAGGCACAACAUCAUAAACGGGGUAGCUCAGGCACUAGAUUAUCUUCAUAACGGAUGCGAAAAGAGAGUACUUCACCGAGACAUAAAAGCCAGCAAUAUCAUGUUAGACGCAGAUUUCACUGCACGGCUGGGAGACUUUGGAUUGGCCCGUACGCUUCAGCAAAGUGAAGUAACUCACCACUCCACCAAAGAGAUCGCAGGAACACCAGGUUAUAUGGCCCCGGAAACAUUUCUUACAGCAAGGGCUACAGUUGAAACAGAUGUCUAUGCAUUUGGCGUUCUUGUGCUGGAAGUUGCCUGUGGAAGAAGGCCAGCUGGGAAUCAAGUUGAGCAGAGUAACUACAAUAAUAGCAUUGUGUAUUGGCUAUGGGAUCUUUACAGCAGGGGAAGAGUCCUCGAUGCGGUGGACUCAAGAUUGGAUGGAGACACAGAUGAGGAUGAUAUGGUGUCUGUGCUGACUUUAGGGUUAGCUUGUUGCCAUCCCGACCCACAUCAGAGGCCUUCCAUGAGAACUGUUCUUAAGGUUCUUACCAGGGAGGCAGAUCCACCAGUGUUGCCAAUCGAACGACCGGCUUUUGUAUGGCCAUCCAUGCCUCCAUCAUUCAAGGAGGAUACAGAAUGUGAUUUAGCUGGAGGUCGACUUACUCCAUUCACAGAAAUCAUAGGAAGAUGAGUCCCCUAUCUAAUGGUUGGUAAAAAUGAAAUCUUGCUCUUCUUUUGUGUUUAAAUACUUUCUGGGUUACAAGUUUGUUUGCAUUGCGUGAACAGUGUACAUAUAUGUUUUAAACUUUCUCCAGUCAAUACAUUCCUGUAAGCAUAUAAUUUGUACAAUAGUAAAUACAAUAACAAUUUCUGUAAAACAAAUUUGUGUAUUUUCUUUCAA